GGGACCGGUAACUAUCCGCCAUGUCUGUCAGUGACCGGGGCGCCGGGUCUUAUCGUUCUGGGAGAGGGCUGCUCUGUGCCCGGUAAUGGUGCUGACACUGGGCGGGGAGAAGAUGCCAGGUGCUGAGUGUUUCCUGAAGGUUACUUUGGAUUUCACCUAACUGAGAAGCAAAUAUUAGCCUUCAGAGGACUGGGGAGGACACAUUACUGGAGACUGAGGACACCAUGGCUAGCAGGGGAAGUACAAGGGCUAAUGGAGUCAGCCAGACGAAAAUCUGCCAGUUCAAACUGGUGUUGCUUGGAGACAUGGCUGUAGGAAAAUCCAGUCUUGUGCUGAGGUUUGUCAAGGGUCAGUUCGAUGAGUUUCAGGAAACCACCAUUGGAGCUGCUUUCUUGGCUCAGUCUGUAUGUCUCGAUGACACAACGGUGAAAUUUGAAAUCUGGGACACUGCUGGACAGGAAAGAUACCACAGUCUCGCCCCCAUGUACUACAGAGGAGCACAGGCAGCCAUUGUGGUGUUUGAUAUCACUAAACCGGAAACCUUUGACCGGGCAAAAGCAUGGGUUAAAGAAUUACAGCGGCAAGCCAGUCCGAACAUUGUGAUUGCCUUGGCUGGUAAUAAGUCAGACUUAUCAGAGAAGAGGAUGGUGGAAUUGGAGGAAGCUCAGGCGUAUGCCGAAGACACUGGACUGUUAUUCAUGGAAACCUCAGCAAAAACUGCAAUGAAUGUAAACGAGUUGUUUCUAGCAAUUGCAAAGAAAAUGCCCAAAUCAGAUGCCCAAAACCCAAGUCAUGCUGCCCGCAACAGAGGUGUAAAUCUCCAGGGAUCAGACCAGCAGCCUAGGAGUGGGUGCUGCAGCAAUUGAUCCCCAGAAAAGCCAGAACAAGCCUCUUCAGUAUGCAUUUUCUACGCAGAUUAUUGUGAACGCAGUCUAGGAAGCCGCCUCUGUAUCUCUACAGCUGGUGGGAAUUUGUUUGGCUUAUGUUUAUAUUUUUUUUCUUUUUAUCAUAGUGUUAAAAGUAAAAAAAAAAGUAAAAAAACAACACAAAACGGUAAAAAUAGAAAUCGACUCCAUUGUUGAAACACACAACUCUACAAGGAAACUGUUGUAGUCCCUUCCCUUGCUGGACGGUUGACAGUAUGAUGUGUUCUAUGCUUUUCUCGAAGCAUGUCCAGUUGACUGUUAAUAACCUGCUGUCACCAUAGUAAGUCUUUAAAAUACACGGACCUCUGUUGUCUGCACCAAGAAUACAUCUGAAGCAAUAUUAUACAAGCCUUUAAGGAAAUCAUCUGCGAUCUGCAUGUAGCUGAACCUGGACAGUUGUGAAGCUGAUAGACUAUAUUCAGCGCUAAUGACCUGUAAAAUGAAAUGUACAGUUUUACAAAGAAAAAAUCCUUGAAGCUGUGUGUAUGAUUGGCCUCUGCCGAUUAGAAGACUUACUGUAUCUCGGCACCACCCCCCCCCCUUUAAUAUGGCUGUUCUGUUACUUUGUGUGAUUGGCCUCCCCUCCUCGGCAGAAGAACAAAACACUGUGGACCUCUUGCACUUUACCUUCCAUCCAUUUAUAUUUAUCCUGAAAAAACAACACAGAUUUUUCAGCCCCCUCGUCCCCCUCCCCCCGCAACACCCGUGUAUAUUAUUCUCCACAAAGUGAUAGAACAUGCUCUGAGCAUAACUUUUGUAUUUGCACCUUCAGAUAAUGUUUUACUUGAAUCCUAAAAUAUUGAUUUUUAAUGUAACAUUAAAGCAAAGUAAAUCUGAA